GCCCACGGUGGUCUGUUCCCAGGUGUUCUGAUCAGUGGAAUCUCCCUACUCGGUUCUGUUCGGAUCGUUGAGGACUCUCAUUGGCUGAUUCAGCUCAACCGCUACAUGUGAUUGUUCUGUCUUCAACUUGCUAAUUUGUCAAUCAACCUUAUCACGUCUCGAAACGGUGCAAACUCAUGCAUCAAUUCCAAAAAAGCGUGUUUGACUUUAUCGGUAAAUAAAUUGCUAGUUUAGAGUUUGAUGCUCGUGAAAGCAGGUUCGUUAUGGAUGACAUGCGUGAGGCAGCGGAUGAUUACGACUGCCCAAGCCUCCUGUGUGAUGAACAGGAGGAUGAAGAGGAGGAGAGUUACCGUGGAGAUGAUGAGACCGGAGGAGAGGAGGGGGGAGAUAUAGAAGAAUGGGACACUGGACAAAGAGGAGGAGAGAGAGUGGAGGAGGAAGAAGAGAAUGGAGGAGAGAUGGAGAAGAAUGGAGAGAUGGGUGAGGAUGGAGUAACAGAAAGAGAAAAGGAGAGUGAGGUGGUAGUUGAUUUUGAAGAGGAGGGAGGGGAGAUGGAGAAGAGACAGUUGAGAAAGAGGAUAGGGAGGGCAGAAAAAGAGGAGGAGGCAGUGUUAAUUGAGGAUAGGAGAGGGAGUGAAGAGGAGAUGAAGGACAGAAGAGAGAGAGAUGGGAAGGUAGAGGAGGAAAAAAAACAGAAAGGUGUGAUGGGGCCUGCUCUGUCUCUUGAUCUUGUCGGCGUGACAACUGACCCUGUCGGCAUGACGACCACCACUCAUGAGGACUCUGGGUACCUGAGCUCUGGGAUGGGGUUCUACUGUCCCCCCGGACCGCUCCUAUUCCACACCCAGCCUAAACCACACCCCCAACCCCUUCUGCCCAGUGGGGUGAAGCGUCCACAUAGUGUCAGCCCCCCUCCCACCCAAAGCCUACAGGUAAAGGUGACUCGAGUGUACUCUACUCGCCGUUCGAUUGGCUACAGCGCCCGGGGGCGUGGCCAGGUGCUUCCCCUCCCCCUGUUGCCAGCGGUAACCAUGGGAGACCCCUCCCUAUUGCCCUCCCUGCCCAAGAAGAAGACAAGAACACUCUACAGCACUGACCAGUUGGAGCAGCUAGAGGGAAUGUUCCAGGAGGACCACUACCCAGAUGGAGAGAAGAGGAAGGAGAUUGCCGCCACGGUGGGCGUCACACCCCAGAGGAUCAUGGUGUGGUUUCAGAACCGUAGGGCCAAGUGGAGGAAGGCCAGUCGUUCUGCAGUGAAGCCAGAACACAAACAGACCUGCAGCCGCCUCCCUGACCCCAACCCUACCUCGCUCCUUGCACCACACCCUAGGGCAGCUGCAGGACACAUCGCCCCCUUCCUCCCUCCUGCUGGUCUCUCUUUACCUCCCCCUCCUACCACCCAGGCACUCCCUUCCUACAGCACCCUGCUAGCCAGCCUCUCAUCCAGCCCUACAGGCAGGUCAGUAGGAGAGAGGGCCACCGUCAGGACCUCAGGGAGGGUCAGUGGAGCACCUACCUCCUAUCAUGUAUAGCCCACCACCUUUACGACGUGCCAGCCUCCCCCUCCUGACUACCUUCCUGAACCCCCCCAACCCUACCCCCAGCCCCACUCCACCAACCCUGCAACCCACCCCAACAUCGCCUUUCUUCAUGGAUGUGUUGGAGCCCCACCCCCCCAACAGAGACACACAGGGACUCACCCUGCAGACGGACUCUGGUUCUCUGUUUGACUACAGCAGUGAUCUCCUGUCCAGCAGCAGCAGCUCAGUGAAGAUUGAUCCUCAGCACUACCUUACCUCCAGCCACCAGGGUGGUGCUACUGUCUCCUACCAGCCCCAGGCCUCCCGCCUGGCCUACCUCAACCCAAACCCCCCUGAGGGGAGCGCCCCUCCCCCCUCCUACCUCACCUUUGGUCCAGGGGGUGGGCCCGGGGUAGUGACCUAUGCAGCUGGAGGCCACACCUACUUCCAGGCACAGACAGGAGGGGGACAGAUCCUACUGCAGUCUGGGAUACACGGUGGUAUCACAGCCUACCAGUCGUACCCGUGGGAUCAGCUCUACAGCCACCCAGCAGUCAUCCAGCAGCGUAACCAGUGUUCCCAGUUUACUACCACCUCACUCGGGGGCCGAGACCACCCAACCUCCUCCUCCUACCUGCCACCCACUUACUAUCCCCGCUCACACACACACUCCCAGAGACCCUCGCACACUCUCACACAUACCUCUACCCAGGCCCAGGUCCUGCCCCCAGUUUCUAUCCUGCGACACCCCCACCCCAGAGGGGUCAGCGCCCCCCAGCCCAGAGCCCCCACACCACCCUUGGUCCUCCUGGAUCCCCCCACCUGUGUGAAGGCUGAGAAUGAGAGCCCUCCCCAUAUACACAGCAGCCACUUCCACUGUGACUUCUCACCCAUACUCUUUUGACAGACCUGGGGGUUGUUAUUCCUGUCUUCAUAUCUUGCUUAGUUAAAUAAAGGUUAAGUAAAAAAAUAAAACAUCUGUGUGUGUUUUCUGUAUGUUGUUUAUGUGAGUAUGAAUGUAUAUGUGCCUACGUGUGUGACUGAUAUAUUAUGAGGCUCAUUAUUGAGACAGGCGGUUCUGUUCAGGUUGUUGGACUGUAAUAAAGGCAUGUU